UGUUUUCGCCUCUUGGUGCGUACAGUUGUAGUGCCGCCCAAUCUCCAAAACGUUUACCUUUUUUUGUUUUUAUUAUUUUUUUUUAGUUCCGUUUCGUUUCGGUUCGAUUUUGUUUUGAUUUCGGUAUUGUUGCUCUCGGUUCUUUUCAACUCGGCUUUCCCCGCCUCCGGAGCGAAGUCGAAACUUUCGUUUUUUGUAUCUUUUUCUGUGACCAUUGCAUCGGGUUGCGAAUGCAGCCGAUGGGACUAUGCCCGUAGCACCUGGUGCGGUGCUCUCGCCUGGUACUGGUACUCGUAAUACCCCAGUUCCGGAAUGUCCAUCUAGAUCUAGCCAGGCGAUCGGCCAGUCAUGCCAAUGCAAUCAGACCGUCCCGUAAGCACCUACGACAACUUGGGCACCACCAACUCCCAGUCGAGGCACCCACACCCCGAGUCCGGCGGAAUGUACCAGCCGGAAUUGGAGCCGGAACCGGAAGUGGAGUUGGAACUCAAUGGCAGCGGCACUAGCCAUAGCAUAGCCGCUGUGAAAGCGGCUCUAAACGAUGCCAAGUCGAAAUUUUUUGGGAUCAACAACUAUGAGUCACCACCACCUGCGGCCAGCAAAAGCGCUGCUCAAGCGCCGGUUGUUGUCGUCAAGUCGGAACCAAAGUACCAGAAUGUUCCGCAGCGGGAUGAAAUUCCAGCAGUGUCUGCUCCAGAUCCCCCAAACCAUCAUCAAUCAUCGGCUUCGUCUCCAUCCGCCGAUCUGCAGAAUAGGGCACUGCGAUAUGCCACCACCUACGAACAGAUUCCUCUGAGCGAUUUGGAAGCUCCGCAGGCGUCGCAGGCCGUCUACAUGAGCACCACAGUUCCGCAAAACAUGAAAGGCAUGAAGAUCGCCGGCCGACAUACGCCAACCCGAAACAGUCUGAGGCACAGCCGGAUGAUCGUUGUCAAUCACAAAAACCAUGACAGUUUCCAAGAGACGAGGAAUCUAAAUAUUUCGCGACAACUUCUAAUUAUGCAAUUAGCUGUUGGCCUGCUGAUUGUUGGUCUAGCCGCUUGGAUUCUUAUUUUGGCGCCGAAUGCAUCCAUACUGAUCAAUCCUUAUCUGAGUGGUCUGUCGUUGCUGUUGGCCAGUGUUGCGGGUCUGAUACUGAUGCGAAGGAACCACAAGAUCACGGAUCACAGGCCGCCGAACAGUUGCUAUAAGGUCUUGUUGGCCGAGUCCUACGUUUUCACCGGUCUGGCGUUGAUCUUCUGCUGUCUGGCCCUAGUCUGUGCGGCGAUAGAGUUUGCAGAGCUCAUCUCAUCUGCGGAUGGAGAAUGUGGACCCACAUCCAGCUCCCUUUUGAGCUAUCACAAUUGCACUUGCUUUACUGCCGGCGAAAAAGUGACCUCAUCCACAUCCUUCUCCUCCGGGGACCCCUCUGCAUUCACUGCUGUCCAGGAGUCACCGCAAACCGAAGGAUGUGGAAAACUUGGGGUCGAAUGGAAGUAUCUGCUGGCCUUCUCGAUGGCGCUCAACACUCUGGGCAUUGUUGCAACAUUCUUAUACAUAACGCUAUUUAUUUGUUGCCACCGCAACAGGGAACACUUUUACACGUCUGUAUAA